AUGUCGAACUCAUUAACUGCUACUGUUAAUCCCACAGGGAUAACUUCAUUUGUUUAUGAAGAUUUAAUUCUUCAUAUACAAGCAGUUCAAAAUCAAAUGAUUGAGAUUUCAAAAUUUCUUGAUGAUCAACGGAAAAUUGACAAGGAAUUGAAAUCACGAUCAUUAACAUUUGUUGAUCCAUAUGGAAAUUCCACAGUCCACAAAUAUAUGGAUCAUGAGCAGCUCAGCACAAUCUUCAGAAAAUACAAGAAAGAAUAUAUACCAAAAUAUUUACAACAGUGGGUCAAAUUUGGAAAGAUGAAUCAAAACAAUAUCGUGCCUAUGAGUGAUUGCGAACUGAAAUCAACCGUAUCUGAAUUUCAAGAUGGUUCUCAAUUUAUUACAUAUGGUGAUGUAACUCUCUGGAGGGGAAAUCAUGAAAGUUUAUUAUCUCAGCAAUUGAUACUACCAGUUCUUCUCUUGGAUAAAAUGGACAAGAUCACAAUGCAUCUGAAAAAACGAUCAGGAAUUACAGAUAUAGAACUAAAAUCAUUAACGAUAAAUCAAAAUACACGACCGAGUGAAGAAAAUUGGAAUGAAGGUAAAAUACUCAAAUUUGAUGAUACAAUUCUUUCAUCACAAUUGUAUCAAGAGAAUUCUAUCAUCAUGGCCAAACUUAUCAAAGCAAAGAUUGUAACUGCUGAUUCAAUACCUAUUUUUCAAAUAUUUGUGAGAACUCUUACAGGUAAAAUGAUUACUUUAGAAGUGCAUUCAGAAAUGCCUAUGACUACUGUCAAAGAAUUGAUACAAGAUAUGGAAGGUAUUACUCCUGAUCUUCAGCGUUUGAUAUUUGCUGGAAAACAACUAGAAGAUGGUAGAACUCUAUUGGACUAUAAUAUACAGAAAGAAUCUACAAUUCAUAUGGUACUUCGUUUACGUGGUGGAAUGUAUCAUUUUACUAGUGGUCGACAAGAUUUUACUUACUUACCAAAUGAUGGUGCUGAAGCUAUUAAAACAGUUCUCAAAUUUGAGUUUAAAGAUUUGAACGAUACUAGUAAUUUAUCACCUGUCGAAUUACAAAACGCUGUUUUACAAGCACAAACUGUUCUUUCAAAUUUAUAUCGUAAAAUCAGCGAAUAUUCAAUAUCCAAUGAUGUUCCAAAUUUGAAAAAUAUCAUACUUCCUAUAACUGUUGAUAAUGAAGAUCAUGACGAUGAUAAUGAUAAACAUGAUGUACUUAAAAAUUUACUUAUUAAAGAAGAACAACUAAGACUUAGUCCAGAAACUCAACAGUUAUUGUCAAGUAUUGAAGAUCGAAAUGAUAUUGAUUGGAUGGAUAUUAUUGCUCAUUUACAAACAGAACUUAUUAAAGAGACUAUUGGUCAAGAUGCUACAGAAGAUGAAAUUCAACAUGGUUUGCGUAUAUUACGAAGUGCUCAUCAAUUAUAUAAUAAUGAUGAAUUUCAUAAUUUAUCACUCUAUGUUCGACAUAAUCGUGCACGAAAAGGAAAUCUUGAAAUUGGUUGUCAUGCUAUUGAUAUUGAAUUAUUAGAUCUAAAUAAUAAAUUUGUUUCAUUAUUAUCUUAUUGUCAUUCAAAUCGACCAUUAUUAAUCAUUGCUGGCUCAUAUACAUGA